GGGGGCGGCCGCGGGGCUUUAGGGCCGGCGGGAGGCGGUGCCCCGUCUCCGCGGUGGUGCCGGCGGGAGGCGGCGGCGUCGUGCGCGGCUGUCCGGCCAUGGAGGACGUGUGGCUGUCGGUGGCGGCGCGGGUGGGCGCCGUGUGGCUGGCGCUGGUGCUCGGGCUCAUCGUGCUGCCCUCGGCGCUGGGCGUCUCGCUGGGCAUCUCCGAGGCCUACAUGUGGGUGCUGGUGAAGACGCUGGAGUGGGCCACUAUACGGAUAGAAAAAGGUGCCAAAAAGCCACAGCCACAGAUGCCAAAGACUCCUACUGCUAAUGGCAGGCAGGUGUUCAGAUACUUCCAGGAGAGAAGGGCCCUAUGGCGCUUAACAGGUAUCAUUGAAAGAGAUGAAACGUCUAUGGAGGAAGAAAUUGCACAUAUGGAUGAACUGAAUUUCGAAUUCUCUGACGUUUUCUACUUCUGCAGAAAAGGGUUUGGGGCUAUUGUGGAUGAUGCAGUCACCCAGAGGUUUUCCUCAGAAGAGCUGCUCUCUUGGAAUCUCCUGACGAGGACUAAUGUCAACUUCCAUUACAUCAGCCUGAGGCUGACUAUUGUGUGGGUCAUUGGGGUUGUAGUGCGGUACUGCUUCCUGCUGCCCCUACGCAUUACCCUCGCUGCCAUUGGGAUUUCGUCAAUGAUUGUGGGAACAACAUUGGUAGGCCAGCUGCCAAACAGCAGUGUGAAAAACUACCUGAGUGAAUUGGUCCACCUCACGUGCUCCCGCAUCCUCGUCAGAGCUCUGUCUGGUACCAUCCAUUAUCAUAACAAGGAAAACAGACCUAAGAAAGGAGGAAUUUGUGUUGCCAACCACACAUCACCGAUAGAUGCAAUCAUUCUGACAAAUGAUGGAUGCUAUGCCAUGGUUGGCCAGGUUCAUGGUGGGCUGAUGGGAGUCAUCCAGCGAGCCACGGUCAAGGCCUGUCCUCACGUCUGGUUUGAACGCUCCGAGAUCAAGGAUCGCCAUCUAGUGACGAAAAGACUCAGGGAACAUGUGGCAGAUAAAAGCAAGCUUCCAAUUUUAAUUUUUCCAGAAGGCACCUGCAUAAACAAUACAUCUGUGAUGAUGUUCAAGAAGGGGAGCUUUGAAAUAGGAGGGACAAUCUAUCCUGUUGCAAUCAAAUAUGAUCCUCAGUUUGGAGAUGCAUUCUGGAACAGCAGCAAAUACAACAUCGUGAGCUACCUGCUGCGAAUAAUGACAAGCUGGGCCAUUGUUUGCAACGUGUGGUACUUGCCACCAAUGGUUAGAGAGGAGGAUGAAGAUGCUGUUCACUUUGCCAACAGAGUGAGGUCAGCCAUUGCUCGCCAAGGAGGACUGACUGAACUUCCCUGGGAUGGAGGUCUGAAACGAGCGAAAGUCAAAGAUACUUUCAGAGAAGAACAGCAGAAAAACUACAGCAGGAUGCUAGUGAGAAAUGGAUCCAUAGGAAGCCUGUCUGCAGGAACAGAGUCAGACUGAAUGGUGGUUCUUGAAAGUUAACUUUGCACAACCAGCCUUAGCAGGAGUAAUGUUUUUUAAUUAAAAAAAGAAAAGGACAAAAAAUAGAGCAAGACAACAAUAAAACCCUUCAUGACGUGUAUGCAUAUUCUCUGUAUGGCUGGUGCAGAGCCUGCCAAGGACAGUGCCUCUGUAUUCCUCCUUAUUCACUCUUCUCACUCUCCUACCCCUCCCCAUCUUUAUGUGAUGAUGCACUGCAGCUCCUGGUAUUCCUGAGCUGAAUGCCAGCAGAGUUAAGAGACACAAGGAAAACAGCACCCCAGAGUUUCUGAGUUUGUAAGGAUGAAGGGAAAUACACUGAAUAGAUGCUGUCAGGAAAACUGGUUGUGAAGAUACCUCUUGCUUAUGGUACACUGAAGAUUUAAACAUAACAAAAUGUUGUCUUUUUUUUCCCCCCCGUGGCUCACUGAGUUUUUGUUGUAGGUUUUUUAAAUAACAUGUUUUAGGAUAUUGUCAGAACUGUAAGAUUCACUCUUGGGUUAGCUUGCACCUGGAUGUGCAAGGAGGGAAUGGAAGCAAGGGCUGCAGAGACCCUAGGAUGGGAAAGGAGCUGCCCUACCAAAAGCACAGUUCAUGGCCCAUGAGGAAUUUGGUGGCCUUACAACGCGGUAUCAUCUUUACUGAGAACUGCUACCUGAGGGAAGAUAAGGGGCAAGUCCUCAAUCUCCCUGCCCACUGCUAUUGUUGAAAUUGCUUUCUUGAGCUCUGAGACUGUAAAGGUAAGAGACAGGAAACAGUUGGAUAAUGAAUUUUUAUGAAGUGGAUUUUCAGGAGUACCCUUCUGUAAAAAUUGCUGCUGGUGGCUUAAAGUUCUCAAGAGAACCACUCCAAAAACACAUUUUGUGUUUUCUGGGCUAGCAAUAGCUACCACAACUAUAAACAUAGGCUCCAUAAGUCACCUAUGGUACAAGAUGUGGCAUGUCCAAAUAUGCAACAUAUUGCUGUCUGAAUGUAAUGAAAAAUAAAUUCUAUAUUUCUAAUG